GACAUAGGACAUUUUGAGACAUUACAAAACCUUUUCCAGUCGCCCCAAAAUUCAAAAAGCACCAAAAUUCAUCUUCUUCAAUUUGCUUGGAGUUCAGCAAGACCACGAGGCAAACGGCCAGUCUUCUUCAAAGACAAAUUCUCAUCUUCUUCUGCACCAACUACCAGCCCCGCAACCCUCCCACCCACCACCAGCAAGACGACACGCCAACGAUCAAAAUCACUCGUGCUUCUGCGUCACCUACCAGUCCCGCAACCGUGCAAACCACCACCAGGGUUAAAUUUGAUUGCAAUUUAAGAAGAAGCUGAGCCUAUCAAAUCGCAGCUUCUCGUGUUUUACUUCUGAUGUACUUCUUCUAUGGGCAAUCAUUCUUCUAGACUCACAAUUUCGCAAUGAGGUUAUUGCUUCAUUGAUCACAGUCAGACAUUCAACCUCAGCCUGAAGAAUACCGAGCAAAAGACCACUCUUGUUAAAAGUUCAUUCUUUCUCAUUAUCAUCUUCUUCCAUUCACCAACUCUCUGCCUCCUCAAUGAUUCACCGUUUUGCUUAACCGGUACAGCCGACGUUUCCCAUGGCGCUCCCGCUGGGCAAGGUGGCUUUCCUCUUCGGUACCGGUGUUGUUGUGUCAGCUCUGGCCAAAGAAUCAAGUUUCAGUGACUAUUUGUCAGGCGCAUUUAAGAUAUUCUUCAAGCAAAUCAAGGAAGAUAGUUCAAAAAACUCAAAUCAUAAGCCUCGUAAUGAUGCUUUGUUGCUGCAGGUCAAUAGCUUGCAAGAGCAGCUGCAGCUCCUGGCAUCAAAUAGAUCUGUAACUGUGGUGACUUCUUAUGGUUCAGGUUCUAGUGGUAAAUAUGGCUUGAUUUUGGUGGUUGUGGUGGUUGGAUACGGAUAUAUUUGGUGGAAGGGUUGGAAGCUUUCUGAUUUCAUGUUUGCAACCCGGCGUGGUUUAGCUGAUGCAUGUACGAGUGUGUCCAAACAACUUGAGAGUGUUAAUGAAUCCGUUUCGGCAACAAGACAUCACAUAUCUUCCCGCAUUGACCGUAUUGAUUGUAAAGUAGAUGAGUGCACAGAAGACACAGCUGCUAUACAAGAGGAGGUUUCUGAAAUUCUAGGGAAGGUGAAAACGGUUGACAGUAAUCUCCAAUCAGUUCAGCUUGUUUUCCAAACUCUGGAGACCAAAAUCAGCAGGAUAGAAUGGAUGCAGAAUGACACAAUUUUUGGCGUGAGAGAUUUGGUUACUUAUGCAAAGAAGUUGGAGAAUGAAAGAGACAAGGAACAGAUUGAGGCAUCUUCCCCGAGUUUAACAAGGCCUGCUCUUGAAUUGCCAGAGGUGACUCCUUCAACCAUGGCAUGUCCCUUGCUUCCUAAUGCAAAUAUUGAACCACCAUCUCCAUCUGUUUCAAAUGGACUCCAGAAGGAGUCCCUGCUUGCUGUUCUUUCUUCCUCAGGUGUUAAGAUACAUCGUGGAUUAUUAGAUUUGGAAGCAAUGAAAACUGGAAGCAGUGGUACUCCUUCUCGGGCUACAAGUGCACCGCCCACACCAUUGUGUUUCAACACUCGAAAUUCAACUUCUGCCCUGUUUGGGCGAACACUGUCUGCUAGCGCCGCCGACUUUUUGACAAGCCGCAGAUCAUGCCAAACUUUAAAGUAGGCCUCCAAGUUGGAUAUAAAUCUUUUAUUCCAUGUGGAGCAUUUUUUGUUCAUUGAGCUGAAUUUUUUAGUGCGCAAAUAUGGUAUUCAUUCAAGGCUUAGUUUAGAAGUCCUGUCUAAAUAUUUUUAGCUACUCAUUGGGUAGAUAUUGCCCUUACCCCACCAAGGUGUGGGAGCGUUUGCAACACUGAGGUAGUGAUGAUGAUGAAGAUUGGGUAGAUACUAGAUUGCACAGAAGUAAUGCAACAAAUGGUUGAAAAUGACCAACUCCAACAUCUUAAAGAAGUGCUGGCUCUUCUUUAUAAUAAAUCCCAAAACAUGGAAUUUGCUU